AUGAAUGCCAUAAUCGAUCCCCGCCGAACGGACAAAGUUGUCAGAUACAAGCCAAACACAAACCAGCAAGAAGACAUGAUUCCAGACUACAUGAAUAUUUUAGGAAUGAUUAUGUCAAUGUGCGGCUUAAUGAUAAAACUAAAAUGGUGUGCCUGGCUGGCUCUUUAUUGCUCGUGCAUCAGUUUCGCCAAUUCACGAAUUAACGAGGACGCGAAGCAAGUUCUUUCGUCGUUCAUGUUGAGUGUUUCUGCUGUCGUCAUGAGUUAUUUGCAGAAUCCCGCACCGAUGCUACCUCCAUGGGCUGCCCAAACCUAA